AGAGGGAAAAACGCAGUUGUACCUCUUAAUAUGUCCGUUUAAAAUUUACUUGGCAAAAGGAGCAAUAAAAACAACGUCAUUUGCUCUUUAUUUGGAGUGACGUUUUGUAUGGUGUCCCCUUCCCGAAGGGCCCUUCUGAGGGCAAUAUAUCCCGUUUGAACAAUACCAUUUGUUUUUUGACAGGUGGCCGUAAACGGAAGCGGAAAUUUCCGCUUGUCUCUGGAAAAGCGUCUCAUCUCUCCUCCCGUCCAUCCUCCCUAAAGGGUUUGCCUUCAUAAUUCUGGUGUAUAGGCCUUAGGUCACCAUUGAGAGCACAUGGACUGAAGUGCCUAUGCGUGACUGCGAAAUCCUGUCAACAGCCAUUCUUAUACCCUUUAUUUAGCAGUUCACAGACAAAAACCGCCAUCAUGACUCACUCAAUGCUGCGACGACAACUGAAGAACCUUGUUCAAAACUUUUCUGAGGCAGAAGUCAAGGUUCGAGAAGCGACUUCUAAUGACCCCUGGGGCCCUUCUAGCUCCCAGAUGGCCGAUAUCUCGGACCUGACGUACAAUGUGGUGGCGUGUAAUGAGAUUUUGGCAAUGCUCUGGAAGCGCCUCAAUGAUGACAAAAAUUGGAGGCAUGUGUAUAAGUCUCUAACCCUACUUGAAUACAUGUUGAAAACCGGCUCAGACCGCGUUCCCCAGCAGAGUUUGGAGAAUAUCCAUAUUAUUAAAGCUCUGACAGAAUAUCGCUGUACAGACAAGGAUGGAAAGGACCAGGGGGUAAAUGUGAGAGAGAAGGCAAAGAUUGUGUUAGUGCUGGUUGAGGAUGAAGAAAAGCGGAAGGAGGAGAGAGAUUUCGCUUUGAAGACGAAAGACAAGCUGGCAAAAGCUCCCAAUGUAUCUUCAGCAACAGGACCAGAAAAAGAGAAAUCAGAGAUCCCUCCAUACACGGGACUUCCCUCUCUGGACAAUAUCCCCUCAGUAGCUGAUCUGACCGCUACUAUGGCCAAGAAGAAGGAGGAGCAGAGACGCCUGGAGGCAGAGAGGAAAGAAGCGGAGAGACGGGCAAAAGAGGGCGACACUGAACCAGAUCUUUGGGAACAAGCAGCCACAGCAGCUCCUCAGUCCGGCUCAGAUCCCUGGGGAGCUCAAUCAGAUGCAUCAAAUGAAUCCGCCCCUGCAUCCGGUGACCCGUGGGGGGCACCUUCUGAUAAUGGCAAGGAAUCCAGUCCAGCUAGUAGUGAUCCUUGGGGUGAAUCUUCUGAUGUAAAAAACGGGUCUCCACCUGCCUCCAGUGAUCCUUGGGGAGGAUCAGCCAGUGCUGAGAAAGAAUCGUCGCCUGCCUCCAAUGAUCCAUGGGGUGACUCUGCUGGACUUUCAGAAGAUAAACCCACUGCUGCGAAUGAUCCUUGGGGGUCUCCAACCGAAGCGCCAAAAGAUUCUGAACGAGCGAAGUCGGAUCCCUGGGGGGAACCAGCAGAUGUACAGGACUCGGCACAUGCAGCAUCAGACCCCUGGGCGGCUCCACUCGAAGCACCAUCAGCCAGUUCAGAUGAUCCAUUUGGUGAUGGUUCGAAAGCAGAUAAUGACCCUUGGGGCACAGCAGUAUCUUCACCCCCCACUGCUAAUGACCCCUGGGGCGCCCCAUCAGCUCCAACCGAUGCUGUGACAACAAGUGACCCUUUUGGUGAUGGAGGCAUGUCAGAUCCUUGGGGAGCUCCUUCUGAGAACGGUAAUGAGACCAAAAAGCCGGCAUCCUUCCUCGGUGAAGGUGCUUCGUUGGUGGACUUGGACUCUCUAAUGUCAGUCAAGCCCAAACCCAAACAGCCUCCCCUCAACGCCAUCUCCACCACUACUCAAAAAGCCCAGGGUAAGGAGGGCUAAGAGAGCGACACAUUGACAAUAAGACUGAGUGAAAGAGAGAGAGAAUUACUGUAUAGUAUCUGUUUAUUUUUGAGUGUUUGUGAUCAGUAUUUUUCAAGCGUAUAGUUCAUAUAGUCAUGUGUAGCAUAACCUGUAGGUAGUUGACGUAGAUUCCAUCUCAACUGGUUUUUAUUCUUUUUAUCCCCAUUUCUAUGCUAUAUACUUCCCUGGUCCCUCCUUCCCCAUCAUCCCUUUUGGUUUGUAUGCUUUAACUUUCAUCCUUCCCAGGUAUUUUGAUGGCCACUUGCAUGACCAAGCCUUUGGGCGACAACAUGUCCAAUGCAAGCAGUUCAGCCACGUGGCCUUCCAACCCCAAUCAUUUCGGUUUUAACCCCAUGACCCCGCAUUCCAGUACCCUCCCUCCAGCUCCCCAAAAUACAGUCCUAAGGGUACCUGCUCCCCACAUUGCAUCUUCAACCCAAAGUGCAAGCUUUUCAGCUUUACCAGUGAACAGCAUGGGGUUUUCAAUGGUUAACACACACGCAGCAACUAGAAUGGUACAGCCGAGCACUGCAGAUGAGCUCUCACCGAUGUCGUUCACGGGAAUGCUCUUUCCAUGCCCUGGAGUUCCACAGAAACCUCCAGUGGUUUCAGGCACUGGCACUGGACAGGGAAAUAACAUUUUUUGAGUUCUCCCACUCCCAUAAUCAUUUAGUCACCCCUAACCUUCCCAUAUGAUUCGCCUUCAUCGAACCCAAUCUACUGUGUGUUUGUAUAAGUGUGUGAAAAUAUUUAAAUAUCAGUGAGCAAUUGUACUAUAAGACUUUCCUUUAUGGGGAAAAAGCAUGCAGUUCCAAAUCUUUUCAACCGGAUUGACAAGGAGGUUGAAGCUGGUGUUCAUCAGUUUUAUGGUAUUUAUCCAGUACAUUAUGGAAUCUUUGAAUGCGGCUUAUUCGGUUAGUUUGGUUAUCGAUUAGCUUGCCAGGUUUCGAAAAGUUGGUUAUGUUGUUCUGAUAAAUAUUAGAGAUGAGUGGAAAUUCCCAUGUUUAUCCUGAAACAUAACUGGAUAUGUGUGCUGUGUUUGAAGAAUGAGAUCCGGCUGUAGACACUAGUUCAUUAUGAAUCAGCAUUGAAUAUGUUUUUUGAUAUUUUUAUUGCAUCACUGUUAAAUUUCCCAUGUGCAGCAUUCUGUAACACACAGGAUUAUUGAUAUUGUAACAUCAAAAUGAGACUUAAUUAAUUAUGAUGAUGAGGAUAGAUGUUUCGGGGGUAAGUGGUUUGGUUUUUAAUUCAAAUGAAAUAUGAGCAUUUGAAUUUUGAUCAAAAGGAAUGUAUUCUUUCUGUAUAAGAUUAUUUAUUAAGAUGAUUUAUACAUUGAGUGCUUUUGCUUCCUGAUGGUUGAAAAUGUGUUUAUUUUUAUUAGUGGUUUUAUUUAUUUAUUUAUUUGUUCUUAUUUAUUGGUAAAGAAGGACAACGAUGGAACAAUCAUAAUGACGUAAAAUUAAAGUUCAUGAAGAAAACAUGGCCUACUUACAUUCUGGAAGACAAUAUCUGCUGUUCUUCAUUAGUAAAGUUUUUUCAUAUUGGCUGUUGUAUUACGAGUUAAGUUACAGGUGCAUUUUAUUACAAAUAAAUAUAUUUAUUCUACCAGCUAUGGUAAAGCUAUGGUGUUACCUGUGAAAGUGCACAAUUUAAAAUUAAAGUGACAAAACCAUG